UUACAGACCCUUAAGCAGAACGCAUCAGCAAAUAUUAUUGUUGACCCUGAACCAUCAAACAUUAACCGGUUUCUUCACAAGUAACUUAUACACAACGAUCGAUUCAUUCAACAUAUAUGCUCCAACACAUAUACAAGCCGGUAUUAUGCUAUUAUAACGUGUGACGCAAUUUCGGCUCUCUGAAUCGUUUUGAUUAAAUAACUUUGUGAAACUACAGCUGUCAGUCUGACAAAACACUUAGGUGAGAGAAUACAGAAAGUUAUCGUACCUGCUAUGGCUUUGAUACACGGUUACUGGAACAUUCGAGGUUACUCACAACCCAUUCGUUUGCUUCUUGCUCAAGCUGGAGCUGAGUAUGAAGAUAAGCGGUACAAUUUCGGACCGACACCCGAAACCUGGACCGCUGAGUGGCUGAAGGAUAAGUUCAAUCUUGGAUUGGAUUUCCCGAAUCUGCCGUACCUCUUCGAUGGCGACAUUAAAAUCACUCAAAGCAUUGCCAUCUUACGUUACUUGGGCAGAAAAUUCAAACUGGUCCCCAGCAAUGAAACGGAAGCAGCUCGUGUUGAUGUGAUCGAGCAACAAAUUCUGGACUGGCGAACGCAACAAUCUGAAUGCUUUUACGAUUCCGAUCAUGACAAUGUCAAAGCUGCGUACAUUGAAGGAUUGAAGGGCAAAGUGAAAUCGUUGUCCGCUUUCCUGGGAAACAAUGAAUGGAUGUCCGGUGGUGAACUAACGUAUGUGGAUUUUCUGGUCUACGAGUGGCUCGAUGUCAAUCGUCUGUUCCAUGCGGAUCUGCUGAACGGAACGGACAAUUUGGAAAAGUACCAUAAACGAAUUGAAUCGCUGCCGAAGAUUGCUGAAUACAUGAAAUCCGAUAAGUUCAUCAAAUAUCCAUUGAAUGGCGUUAUGGCUCAAUGGGGUGGCAAAUAAAGCCAAGUCAUUGCGUUCGCAACUUAUUUUCAGUAUUAUUAUCGCAACUCAAUGGUGUCGUCAUUCAAUGAGCAAAUAAAAACUUUUUUUUUUGUUUAUUAAAU